AUGGCUAAGCCGACACGCCGUCCAUGGCCCUCGAACGGGACCACUGAGCCUUACACUCCUCAAAUCCCAUGGUCUAGCAUCGUAGCCUCAAUGACCUGUCUGGAGAAACUCCGGCUGCUGUGCCACAGCGAGGCGGAGCUGAAAAAGGCGGGUUAUGUGAUGAAGCCUCUCGAUGCAGCGCAGAUCGGAUCCAAGGCAAGAUGCAUUCGGUGUGGGAAACGACCAGAUCAGCGAGUGCGUCGAAGGACGAACGCUACCAACGCCAUCAACAAAAACAAGAAGGGGCCGACAGAUUUGACCAGUGUCAACACCAACGAGGCAAACGGGGCAAUCGGUGAGGAGGCUUCGAGCGCAUCCACUUCGGUUCCCGGGAGGAAAGCGCGUUGCUCGUAUCACACAGGAAGGGUCAGAGACAAGGCUUUCACAUGCUGCGGCCGACACGUCUCGACGGAGGGGUGCGUUGAAGCCAACCAACACACCAUGCCUCAACCAGAUGAUCCCGUGCUUCACGAGUACUGGCGAUACCAUCCCACGCCCCCAGUUUCUGCGCAACUCGACCCAGAUGCCGGCAGAAAUCCUGUCUCUCCUCCUCCUCCUCCUCCUCCUCCCCGUGCGCCUCGAAGACAGGGCCACAAAAGGGGGGGUCGACAACAGGGGCAGCCUCCUCUGGUGGCCGACCCUUGGACGGGAAGUCACGCCCACCACCAUCACCACCACCACCACCACCAAGGACAAUACCCGAAUCCUCCGCGCUUCCACGCCAUCGCGCUCGACUGCGAAAUGGGCGUCGCCGCGACGGGGGACUCGGAGCUGAUCCGCCUGACGGCCGUGGACUUCUUCAGCGGCGCCGUGCUGAUCGACAACCUCGUCGCGCCCUCGGUGCCCAUGACGCACUACAACACGCAGUACUCGGGGGUGACGGCGCGCGACAUGCGCGAGGCCGUGGCCGCGGGCACGGCCAUCCUCGGGCGCGACCGCGCGCGGGAGGCGCUCUUCCGCCUCGUCGGGCCCGACACCGUGGUCGUCGCGCACGGCGGCAACAACGACCUCUACGCCCUGCGCUGGAUCCACCCGCUCAUCGUCGACACGUUCCUCCUCGAGGGGUACACGGGCGUCAAGCCCGAGGGCGGCCGCAGCCUGCAGAACCUGUGCAAGAUCAAGCUGGGCAUCGCCGUGCAGGUCAAGGGUCGUCGCACCCACGGGGCAGCCGGGGUCCAGAGCCAGAGGCAGAGCCAGAGCCCGAGCCCGCGCCAGCGACGCGGCCACGAUAGCUACGAAGACGCCAUGGCCACGAGAGAGCUGCUCGUGCACUGGGUCAAUCUCAUCCCCGAUGCUUGAGCUUUGGAUGCGCCUUGGAAAACCUACCUAACUUGGUACCUUUGUUCAUCUUGGCCCCCGCGAGGAGAUCGCGGCGUGAAUCGAUGGAUUCGAUAAACAACAAACUGUCUACGCACCAGGUGCGGCGAUGAUGUGACGAGGUGAUUCGAGCUCAAGGUGAAGGGGAGGCAUUGGCUAGACGCAUCUGCCAUCCUGGAUUUUCCUCACCAGAGACAAGAUUUCAGAUUUACGAGUUGCAUACAGAACCAGUCCUGACCCAGCCUACGACCAGGUAUAUGUUAUUGAGAAUGCUCUGAUGCAUAACCCACGUUUCCACUAAGCCCUCGAUGCUGUCGAUGUUGAUCCAACAAUCAAAUCUGGUGCGAUUUCUCUAGGUCUACCGUCUAUUCUCAUGUUCUUGGUCUCUUGGGGUCGUGACAUCAACUGACCGGGAUAAUGCCACACCCAUCUGUGCCUGUCCAUCAUGGGAGUUCCUGUUAGUGACCCUGAUGAAGGCGGAGUUGUAC